UUGUUUACAGUAGCCUUUAGAAUGUUCAAAAUUUUACGCUAAAUUUGACGAAAAUAUAGCUGAUAAGUACCGGUAGUUAUUAGGCGUCUGUUUCCUGUCUUUUUAGAUGAAUCUUAUAAUUAAAUUUUCACCCCUCUAAGAUGUCUGAUGCUGAUGCUUGUACCUUGGAACCUGCUGGAGCUAUCAGGGCCAUUGACAAACACUCAGUGCAUCAGAUCUGCUCAGGACAGGUGGUGCUGAGUUUGGCUACUGCUGUGAAAGAACUGGUGGAGAACAGCAUAGAUGCAGAAGCUACCAGCAUUGAUGUCAAGCUGAAGGAGUGUGGAACUGAACUUGUGGAAGUGUCAGACAAUGGCAGAGGAGUAGAAGACGCCAAUUUUGAAGGACUAACUUUGAAACAUCACACGUCCAAGCUGAAGGAUUUCUCUGAUCUCAUCCAUGUGGAAACAUUUGGAUUCAGAGGUGAAGCCCUCAGUUCUUUAUGCGCUUUGAGUGACCUGAGUGUGGUGACGUGCCACAAGUCCAGCCAGGUUGGGACUAAACUGGUGUUUGACCACAAAGGCCACCUGGUGCAGAAGUCACCCCAUCCCAGGCAGCAAGGCACCACAGUCAUCUUGCAGCAGCUUUUCUACACGCUGCCUGUUCGACACAAGGAGUUCCACCGCAAUAUAAAAAAGGAGUAUGCCAAAAUGAUACACGUCCUCCAGUCCUACUGUAUCAUCUCUAAAGGAGUGCGUAUUACCUGCUUCAACCACACUGGGCAGGGAAAACGCAGCGCAGUUCUCAGCACCAGUGGAAGUCGCAGUAUGAGAGACAACAUCGGCGCUAUAUUUGGACCCAAACAGCUUCAGUGUCUUCUGCCAUUUCAGCAGCUUCCUCCAACAGAAAAUGCUCAGGAAGAAUAUGGACUAAAGGAAGCAGAACUACCCAGAGAGCUUUUUAUCAUCACAGGGUUUGUGUCACGAGGAGAUCACGGUGUCGGGAGAAGCUCCACAGACAGACAGUUCUUCUUUAUUAACAACCGGCCGUGUGAUCCCGUUAAGGUGAGCAAAGUUGUGAAUGAAGUAUAUCAUAUGUACAACAGGCAUCAGUAUCCGUUUGUUGCCUUAAACAUCUCUGUGGCCUCAGAGUGUGUGGAUGUGAACGUCACCCCAGACAAACGGCAGAUAUUUCUUCAGGAGGAGAAGCUUCUGCUGGCCAUUUUAAAGACUUCCCUCAUCGCCAUGUAUGAGGGUGGAGUGAACAAGAUCAGCCUGAACUAUACACACACACCCAGCACCAAGGCGUCAUAUGAGUCUGGAGAGGGUGACGUUCUGUGUACUGAGGACAUCCCAGCACCUGGAAGUGACUUUGAACCAGUACUUCAGAAAGCAAAAUCAUCCCUGAACCUGGACGGACUCAAAGCUGCUUUUUCAAGCCGCUAUUGCUUUAGUUCUGUGAAUAAGUCGAACUCGUCAAAAGCUGCUGAUGUGGGCCAGAAGCAGAAAACGCUGCAGGCGUUCUUUAAGUCCCCUGAAAAACCUCUCAUGCACAAACCAAGUUUAAAAUCUCCCUCAAAAUCCACCGCAGAUGUGAUCCAGUCCUUUCAAAGCAGAAAGUCAUCACUUGAUGGGUUCUGUUUCAGCAGGACGCCGUGCAGUGAUACAGACUCUGGAAAUGAUGGUGCAUCCAGCACAGAAUCACCAGAUGGUUUAGAUGGUUUAAGUGUGAGAGAGGAGACGUUCAAUAAUCACGCACGUCCUGAAGAUCCAGUGUUACAGACGGAGCCACGCACUGCUAAUCAGGACUGUAGCACCAGCCCAAAUGCCAAGAGAGCCAGAACAGAUGGUGCAGAUUCCCGUUCCUCUCAGGACUCCUCUUCUAAAGUGGAUGCUCCAGGAUCCUUGCAGAGGAGGACAGUUCCCCUGCAGUUCUCCUUCCGGCAGUUGGCAGAGAGGAUAAGGAGGCUAAAGGAGCGAAAAGAGAAAACCAGUGAGGAGCUGCUGUACAGAUGCUUCAGGGCCAAGAUCAGCCCCGGAGAAAACCAAAGCGCAGAGGACGAGCUCAAAAAAGAGAUCAGAAAGGAAAUGUUCAAAGAAAUGGAGAUCAUUGGUCAGUUUAACUUGGGCUUCAUUAUCACCAAACUCAACUCUGACGUCUUCAUGAUCGACCAGCAUGCCACCGACGAGAAAUACAACUUCGAGAUGCUGCAGCAGCACACUGUGCUACAAGGACAGAAACUCAUAGCGCCUCAGAAGCUCCACCUUACUGCCAUCAGUGAGAACAUUCUCAUGGAGAAUAUGGAGAUUUUCAGAAAGAACGGCUUUGAAUUUUUAGUUGAGGAAGAUGCUCCGGUGAUGGAGAGGGUGAAGUUGGUGUCGCUGCCCACCAGUAAGAACUGGUGUUUUGGGCCGGCAGACAUAGAAGAACUGAUCUUCAUGUUGACUGAUAGCCCUGGUGUGAUGUGCAGGCCGUCCCGCGUCAGGCAGAUGUUUGCUUCCAGAGCCUGCCGGAAAUCGGUGAUGAUUGGCACGGUUUUGACCACAGGCGAGAUGAAGAAGCUCGUAGUUCACAUGGGGGAGAUCGAGCAUCCGUGGAACUGUCCUCAUGGCAGACCCACCAUGAGACACCUCGUCAAUCUGGACGUCAUCUCCCAAGAUUAGCCAGGUUGAGUACACGG